GGGGUCUGUUUUUCUUCUUUUCUUUUCUUGGCGUUCACUGCAGAAACAGCCGAAGAGAGCACCUGCAUUUGAGCUUCACUUCUCAGCAAACCGACACACACCCACACAUACACAGACACACACGAAUCACCUCGCGCGGAAGUCACUCAGCGACUUCCCUGCAUCGCACAACAACAACAAAAGGAAAAGCCCCGCAAACAAGCAUGUCGGACUGCUGGUACAUCCCGGAGGAGGUGGCGGACCGCCGUGCGGAGAACCGUCUGUCGCCCAACCAGCCCGGCAGCUACGAAGUCCUCGGCGCGGCAGGGCUCUUCUACCGCCACUUCGACCCAAAAGAAGUCAGCGACGACGUCGAGAGCUUCAUCAAGCCGCUGCUGGCGAAGCUGCACUACCAGAGCUACGACGUGGUCAACUUAAGUCCCUCCAGCCUCGGCGCCGAGAAGUUCGAGUCGCUCGCCACGAACCACUUCGCGGAGCACAUCCACGAAGACGACGAGGUUCGAUUGAUCCUCGAAGGCCAGGGCUACUUCGACGUACGCGACGCGCAGGAUCGCUGGGUGCGGGUGCUGUCGAAGCCCGGCGACUGCCUCGUCGUCCCCGCCGGUAUUUACCACCGCUUCACCACGGACGAGAAUAAGUAUGUCAAGACGCUGCGCAUCUUCAAGGAGAACCCAAAGUGGAUCGCGAUUAACCGCGGCCCGGAGGCGGAGGAGACGCCAGCGCGGAAGGAGUACCUUGCCCGCAUCCACGGCCCAGUCGAAACCGCUGUCGGCCCCGUCAACAACCACAACAUCUUCUCCCUCCGCUACCCGGCUACGAUGGAUGCGGAGCUGACCGCCAUUACGAAGCGCCUGCUGGAGCAGCACAGCAAGCAGCCGGCGGCCGUCAUGCUCUUCUUGGUCGGCGCGACGGACCCGACAACGGGGGCGUCGUGGUGCCCGGACUGCAUCCCGGCAAAGGCGCAGGUUGCGGCGAAGUUCGCGGAGCUGCAGGCGAAGCUGGGCGAGACGCACGCCUUCUUUGUGCAGCUGCCGGUGGAGCGCCCGGGUUACCUCGGCAACCCGGCGUAUCCCUACCGCACGCAUCCGCUGCUGAAGCUGGCGGGGGUGCCGACGCUGAUUGUGCUGACGCCGACGAAGGAUGCGAAGGAGAAGGGCGACGUGCAGUGGGUCGAUCUGCUGGAGGUGAAGAUCUACACGCACGAGGCGAGCGAGGCAGACAUUCAGAGUCUGUAG